AUGGCAGUUUUUUUUGCUGAUCCUGCUGCCUUGGCAAGGUGCCAGCCUGCACAAGGCUCCAAAACUUGGGUCGCUGCGAAGGAAAUCAAGCAGAAGUUGGGAUGGGGCGAGGAAGCAGUGAUUCCUUUUGCCCUCCACGGCGAUGGUGUGCCUGUUCAAGGCACUAUGAGAAAGGAAGGGCUUGAUUUCCUGACGAUCAAUCUUCCCGCAGCUCAAGAUGCCAAGCACAGAUCCCCUGUUCCCAUCACGUUGCUGCAGACCGAUUUUCACUGGGAGUAUGAAACCAAAGACAGCAUACUCAAAUUGCUUCUCUGGAGCAUGCAAUGCUUGAAGGAAGGGAAAUUCCCCAGCUGCAGACAUGAUGGAAGCCCGUGGCUCAAAUCCGACAAGCAAAGGCGAACAUAUGUUGGGAGGGACUUGCCUGCAAAAGGCAUUCUCGUGGAGAUCAGGGGCGAUUGGGACUGGCUGAACAGUUGGUACAACAUUCCGACAUACAACACCAAAAGUGGUAUGUGCUGGCUGUGCAAGACCACGUUUGAAACUUUCAGAAACUGCACAGCGAAUGAAAGAAAUUCAGGCCUGAGCAAGGCCGAAUUCUUGACCAGAGUUCGCAACAUGGGCAAGACGGUGUGCCCACUGUGGCACUGGCCAGAAUUGGCCCCUCGAACGUUGAUUUUGCCUGAUUGGCUUCAUGCCGUCGACAUGGGUAUUUCGGCCGAUAUUGCUGGGCAGCUCUUGCUCGAGCUGGCUGCGAAAUAUGAAGGCAGAAGUCUCAAGGAUAGGGUUUCGGGCCUGUGGCUAGAUGUGCAAAAGCUUUACAAAGAACACAUGGUGACGGACAGGCUGCAGAAGUUGACACCUGAAGUGCUAAACAAAGGGAAAAAAAGCACGGGUCCGCCGACCCUCAAAUGCCCAGCAGCCACGGUGAGGCACAUGGUGCCUUUGCUUCCGAUUUUGACAGGCAAGCAUUUUGCCGCAGGCAGCGAUCACGAAGUGGCUUGCCACAAGCUGGCCAAAUUUUUGGCCAGAGUCUACAACAAAGUGGAAACGAAUGAGCACUCUGGCUUGGACAAGGCCUCUGCCAAAGUGGCUAGCCAGUAUAUGGCUUUGGAGAAGGAAGCACUCGAAGCAGAGGACUCUUUGAACUGGCAUAUCAUGCCCAAGCUGCAUCAAUUCCAACACAUCUGUGAAAGCGGUUUCAAUGCCAAGGAUUUUUGGUGUUAUGCAGAUGAAACCCUGGGAGGGCACUUAGCACAGCUCUUCCGUCGCAGAGGUGGUGCAAACAAUCCCGGCGAAAACUGUGCUCGAGCUUUGGAGAAAUGGCAGCAGAUUGCGCCAUUUGCUGCCGUUGCCAGGCCUUGA